GACACUACACUGCAGAAAAUUCCCCUUUGUUCUAUCAUUGCGGUGGCGGCCAUCAGUGUCCUCGCGGGGCCGUCUUUCAAUUAACACCACAAGCACAAGCGGUUGCUCGAGUCGCCAGGCCAGUGCCUGGCUCUGAGUUUAUCUCUGGCUUCUCCAGAACACCAGUCCCUCUGACGACCCUCUCCUCUCUCUGUUUGCGACCGAUAAAGACCGCCCCAAAUGGCUGGGGUACAGUAUCCACCCAACAUGGCCGAUUAUCGCCUGCCUCCUCAUCAGAUUCCCUCGCGGAAGCCAUUACCUGGACGAAACACUGGAUUCCCCUUUCAAUCUUUCGAUGGCAACGCUCCUCAGCAACUCGCCGCGCUUCCCGGCGCUUCCUCGUACGCUCACAACCGUACACGCACGUCAUCUUCAUCUGUGCUUCCCCAGAUGGCUCCUCAGCAAACCGGAUACACCGCGACUCCUCCUAUCAUCACAAACCCGGCACAUUACCCGCCCUCGAGACGCUUGUCUAGUGCCACAACCUCGACCAGCUCAACCGGAAAUGGUCCGUCUGCAGAUGUGCGCCGGAGUUCGUCAUCACGAUCCGGCAAUUCUCAGAUGGGAUAUGUUGCAUUGAUGCGGAGACAAAAGGCUACCGUCUGGUGUGAUCGAUCACAGCCUGAAGACCCUCGGCUCCUGGCUCAGAGACGGGCGGAUAAGAAGAGGGCGUACCUGGAAGUCCACAGAAGCGCUGGCGCUGGACGCACAGGUACCCUAGGCAGUGGUAAAAUCAAGCAUCAUGGAGGGAAAGGAGCGACUGACUUCUCCCCGUCGACCUUUGUCGCCGCCACCGUUCCUGUACGCUUAAGUGCGAACGAGGUAGGUGAUGCAGACGAGGAAGCCCGCAACCACGAAUUGCCGUACCAUCGUCGAACUGGUAGCGGUCGUAGCUCCUUGGGAAGCAACACCCGUUAUCCGAGCGGGUAUCAACGCCCAACGAGCAGCAGAUAUGGCAGCACUAGUACACCUCCAAACGGGAGCGCAGAUAUCCCCGAAGUGGAAACUCCCGAGGAUAAAGCUCAAGAAAAGAAUGAGUACUUCGCGGAAGAUGGCAACAAGGAGAGCGAUCCUGAAGACAGUUUUGGCAGUGUUGGCGACAUGGCGGCACCCAGCGCAGCCGCAGCUGCAGCUAGGAAGACUAGCACAGCAGAUGAGCUAAGGCGACGAGGUAGCGUCGAUGAUCGCACAUCAACCAUGACCGGGGUGCGACUAUUUGUCGCAAACCCUGACAACGACUAGACCAACUGCGAGGGGAACGUUUUGAGUAGGCCAAGCGGUGUGGCCUUGUAACCGGACUAGAUCUGGUCGUCGGAAAACAAUAAUCCUCAUGGAUACACCUAUU